AUGGCUUCAGGAGAUGUUCAAUCAGAUGAAAGUCUUUAUCCAAUAGCUGUUUUAAUCGAUGAACUUCGUAACGAAGAUGUUCAAUUACGCCUGAAUAGCAUCAAAAAAUUAUCUACUAUUGGAUUAGCACUUGGCGUUGAAAGAACACGAUCUGAACUUAUUCCAUUUCUAACUGAUACAAUUUAUGAUGAAGAUGAAGUUCUGCUAGCUCUAGCUGAACAAUUAGGAACAUUUACGCAGUUGGUUGGUGGUGAAAGUCAUGUUCAUGUUUUAUUGCCACCAUUGGAAAGUUUAGCACAAGUUGAAGAAACCAUUGUACGUGAUAAAGCUGUGGAAUCACUUCGCAUAUUAGCACCACAACAUUCAACAACUGAUUUAGAAACAUAUUUUGUACCGACUGUUAAACGUUUAGCACAAGGUGAUUGGUUUACAUCGCGUACAUCAGCGUCAGGUCUUAUAUCUGUUUGUUAUGCACGUGUUUCAAAUCAUGUCAAAGGCGAAUUACGACAAUUAUUUAAAACUCUUUGUCAAGAUGAUACACCUAUGGUACGUCGUGCUGCUGCAUCGAAACUAGGUGAAUUUGCUAAAGUUGUUGAGCCAGAAUAUCUACGUCAAGAACUUGUAUCACUAUUUACUAAUCUGGCAAAUGAUGAACAGGAUAGUGUACGUUUAUUGGCUGUAGAAGCUGGUAUUGCGAUGGCUGGUUUAUUUCGACAUGAAGAUCUUGAACAACAAAUGAUGCAAACAUUACGAUCUGCAACUGAAGAUAAAUCAUGGCGUGUACGAUAUGUUGUUGCAGACAAACUUGUUGAGCUACAAAAAGCUGUUGGUCCAGAAAUAACAAAAAACGACUUAGUUCCAGCUUAUUGUUCACUAUUGAAAGAUCCCGAAGCUGAAGUACGAGCAGCAGCAGCAUCGAAAUUGAAAGAUUUUUGUCAUAGCUUACCAGCUGAUACACGCGAACAAAUAAUUAUGUUACAAAUUUUACCUUGUGUAAAAGAUAUGGUUGGUGAUAUGAAUCAACAUGUUAAAUCAGCGUUAGCUUCAGUUAUAAUGGGUCUUUCACCGCUACUUGGCAAGGAUAAUACACUAGAGCAUCUUUUACCAUUGUUUCUUAGUCAACUUAAAGAUGAUUAUCCAGAAGUUCGACUUAAUAUUAUUUCAAAUCUUGAUUGUAUAAACGAGGUUAUUGGAGUUCGUCAAUUAUCUCAAAGUCUUCUACCAGCUAUUGUUGAAUUAGCAAGUGAUGCUAAAUGGCGUGUACGUCUUGGUAUCAUUGAAUAUAUGCCAUUAUUAGCUGGUCAACUUGGUGCAGAGUUUUUUGAUGAAAAAUUAAGUAGCCUUUGCAUGAGUUGGCUUACAGAUCACGUCUUUGCAAUACGUGAAGCAGCCACAAAUAAUUUAAAGAAAUUAGUUGAAAAAUUUGGUCGUGAUUGGGCACAAAGUACGGUUAUACCAAAAGUUAUCCAACUAGCACGUGAUCAAAAUUAUUUAUAUAGAAUGACAUGCCUGUUUGCUAUUAAUGCACUUGGCGAACCAUGCGGUCAAGAAAUAAUUCAACGAAUGAUGUUACCAACUGUAAUAACACUUGCCAGUGAUCCUGUGGCUAAUGUCCGAUUUAAUGUUGCUAAAACAUUAAAUCAUAUAUAUCCAGUACUUGAUCAAAGUGCACUAGCUUUACAGGUUAAGCCAUGUUUGGAAAAAUUAAGUCAAGACGCUGACCAUGACGUUCAAUAUUUUGCAAAUGAAGCUCUCGAAAAAACACUAGAAGCACCCCUUUCUUCUAAUAAUCACAAAAAUGAACAUAAAGACGAUAUUACACUGGUGCUGAUGUCAUCAAAUUCUGUUGCAUUAGAUGAAUUGUCUGAAUUCCUCGACCCACAGGGUCGUCUUGAUAUCAAAUCACUCGCACUUCAGACAUUACUAUCCAUAACUGCAUCCACGGAAGGCCGUCAUUUAUUGAUAUCAUCAUCAAAUACUGACCCUAGUAAAGCAUUAUUACCACGCGUUAGCCGUCUAAUAUUUGAAGAUGGUCAAGAAUCUGUUCGUUUUGAUUCGCUACUUUUUCUGAUAAAUUUAACAAGUGACAAUGACAUGUCAAUACUAAAUAGCCAAAUACCAAUUACCAGUGAUUUUUGGAUACAACUCUUGAAACAUUGUAUUAGUGAUCGUCAAUAUGAACAUGCAGAUGCUGGCUGUAAACUUCUAUCCAAUAUAACAUCUCGUACGAUAACAAUUGAUCAAAUAAAUGAAUUCAUAAAUCAUCUCGAUACAAAUUAUCCAUCAUGGUUCGAUGAUCUUAUUCAAGCAUUUUCUACGAUCGAUUAUAAUUUAAAGAAAAAUAAUCUUGAUUAUUUAUCAGCACUACUCGUUAACUUAACACAGUCGAAAGUUAUUCGACAACGUCUAAGAGAUAAUGAACAUUUAAAACGUUUAUUUUGUUUUACGGAUCAAAAUCAUUCGAUAAUUCGACGAGGAAGUAUAGCUUGUAUACUGAAAAAUUGUUGUUUCGAUCAUGAAAGUCAUGAACAAUUAAUACAUCAAAAUUUUAGUGAUGAUGAAUUUAUUUGUUCAUUAAUUUUACCACUGGCUGGUCCAACAGCUGAUGAAUUAACCGAAAAAGAAAACGAAGAAUUACCAAUAGAUUUGCAAUAUUUACCGAGCAAUAAGCAACGUGAAACAGAUCGAGAUAUUCAGCAAAUUCUUCUUGAAGCAAUUCUUCUUCUGUGUGCAACAAAAGCUGUUCGUGAAUAUCUUCGUUCAAAGAAUAUCUAUUAUGUUCUACGAGAAUAUCAUCAACAAACAAAUUUAGAUUUUUCUUGUGGUCGUACAUGUGAACGAAUUAUUCAAAUAUUAAUUGGUGAUGAAGAUCAUACUCUUGAAACCGAUAACUUCCUGGAAUUGAGUGUUCCUGAUCAUCUAAGAGAAAAAUUUCAAGAUAUCGAUCGCAAAGAAGAAGAAGAAAAUAAAAUCAAUGAAUGA